CUCAUUCCGAGACGCAGGCUCCGGGAGAGCUAAUGGAAUAGCUACAGCGGCGAGUGGAAAAGCGGAGCUUUCCAACGCUCAAACUGUAGGAGGAAGCCCUCCGAAGCAGCCCUUAAAAUCGAAUAAAGGUAGAAACAGCAAAGGUGCCACUUUACAAGAAAUUAAUUAGAAAAACAAGUUCCAGUGACGCUCCGAGCGAGCUAAUUCCUUUUGGGAAGUGCGACUUGACGGGCAGUGUCAGUUUGAGCUGUCACACCAGAUACAGGUUAAAGUAACACUGCUCCAAAGGGCUGGCCUUCCCUCGCUAUUGGGCUCCUCUCGUUUUCUCUGGAAGCUACGUCUUUGGAUAACAUCUGCAGUAGUUAGCUAGCUACUACUGAUUGGAUUCAAAAGAAGGUUUUGUGACCUACUACCUGGAGUGGACUGCGAGACAGUGCAACAUGGGCACUCCAGGCUCUGGAAGGAAGCGUGCUCCUGUUAAGGACAGGUUUUCUGCUGAGGAUGAGGCCUUGAGCAGUAUUGCCAGGGAGGCUGAGGCACGACUAGCGGCGAAGCGGGCGGCGAGGGCUGAAGCCAGGGAUAUACGCAUGAGGGAACUGGAGCGGCAGCAGAAAGAGCACUCCCAUCACUCCUCUUCCUCCGGGAGGAAGUGGGGGCAGAUCCACCAGUGGAUGGCUGACACAGAGAAGGCCAGGCACUCUCAUAGAUCCAGCAGCAACCAUCACCGGUCUUCCUCCUCUUCCUCCUCUUCACUGCGAGACCCGGGCAGCUCUCACCGUAGUCGGGCCAGUACCUCCCGCAGAAGAGACCUGGUGUCUGACAGUCUGUCUAGCAGUUCUGCUCUGAAAACCUCCCGUUCCUCUAAUUCUGUGUACGCAGACUUGCAGAGCCUGAAGAAAACUCCAGUGUCCAGCAGCUCCAGGAAGGAAUUGUUGACUGGGUUAUACCAUGACCAAAGGAACUACAGCAGCCUAAAGAACUCCAAAACUCUUCCUUCCUAUCAGACUCGGUCCUCCUCUCUGUACAAUGAGCCCCUGCCGGUGGUGCAGAGCCACAGGACCCCUCACUCCUCCAGUGCCACUCUCCCUCGCAGUUACAGUCUGGCUUCUUUAUAUGACGGCGGUCUCUACGGCUCGUACAGUUCAAGAACUCCCUCAGAGUACAGCUGGGGAGCCAGCAGCUCCACACGCAGCAGCCCUGUGUCCUCCUCGGAUGAUGAUAGCUCCAGCACCGUGUCCCAGGACCGCUACAGUUGCGGAAGAAGGGGGAGCGUGUCCUCUGACUUCUCUGACCUCAGCGAGACAGCAGCUGACUAUUUCAGCCGCUCCAACCGGAGGGGCAGCAUUGUGUCAGACCUGGACGACCUGAGCAUCCCUGACCUGGACAGUCUGGAUGAAAAGUGUGAUAAGCAGUUCACAGAGACAUACAGCCGGCCCUCAUCUCGAUGCACCACACCUGGUCUGUCUGCUGCCACCCUGGCCUCCCUGGGGGGCACAUCAUCCCGAAGGGGCAGUGCAGACACUGGGAGCAUGGUGGACCCCGACACCUCUCUCAGCGAGCUCAGGGACAUCUAUGAACUUAAGGACCAGAUACAGGAUGUAGAGGGGAGAUACAUGCAGGGACUGAAGGAACUGAAGGACUCACUCUCUGAGGUAGAGGAAAAGUACAAGAAGGCCAUGGUCUCCAACGCACAACUGGACAAUGACAAGGCCAACCUGGUGUACCAGGUGGACACGCUGAAGGACGUGAUUGAGGAGAUGGAGGAGCAGAUGGCUGAACUGCACAGAGAAGUAGAGGAGAAGUCCAAGGAGUUAGAAAGACAAAAGCACAUGUGUACAGUCUUGCAACACAAACAAGAGGAACUGAAAGAGGGAAUCCGUCAGAGAGACGAACUCAUUGAGGACAACCAACGAAUGCAGCAGAAAUUAGACUCCCUCACCAGAGAGGUGUUUGAUCUGCAGGAAACCAUUAACUGGAAGGACAAAAAAAUUGGGGCACUAGAGAGGCAGAAAGAGUACUUUGACUGCAUUAGGAUUGAGAGAGAUGAGCUCAGAGAUGAGCUGGCUGACCUCAAGGGGAAAUCCAAGGCAGGAGAGAAACAUGGGUUGGUGAUCAUCCCAGAGGGCACCCCCAAUGGAGACGUCAGCCAUGAGCCUGCAGGCGGGGCCAUUACGGUGGUUACACAGGAGGCAGCCCAGGUGCUGGAGUCAGCUGGAGAAGGCCCGCUAGAUGUGAGGCUACGGAAGCUUGCGAAUGAAAAGGAUGAACUCUUGGCCCAGAUCCGAAAGCUGAAGAUGCAGCUUGAGGAAGAGAGACAGAAGAACUCCAAGAUGGAGAGUGUGUUCUCAGAUGGAGAGCGGCUAGAGAACGGCGCAGACCUGCACUUCAUUGAGAUGCAGAGAGAUGCCAACAGACAGAUCAGUGAAUACAAGUUUAAACUGUCCAAGGCAGAGCAGGAGAUGGGUACAAUGGAGCAGAAUAUCAACAGACUUGAAGGGCAGGUGCUCAGGUAUAAAGCAGCAGCUGAUAACUCCGAAAAAAUUGAAGAUGAACUUAAAAUUGAGAAACGGAAACUCCAAAGAGAGCUGAGGACAGCCUUGGACAAGAUUGAGGAGAUGGAAAUGACCAACAGCCAUCUAGUGAAACGCCUGGAGAAGAUGAAGGCCAAUCGAAAUGCAUUGCUGUCGCAGCAGUGAGCGUAGUCCUUAUCUUUCUGGUUCGUCGACUCUACCAUCUCUGCCAUUAAAGUAACCUUAUAGUUUAUAAAAACCCUUGUACUGCUAGUACUGGCAUACCUUGCUGUUUUUUAUUAGUGAUACUCAAGAGCUCACCAACUCAUUUUCAGCCAUCUCACAUCCUUGAAAGGGAGUUAUCUGGUGUCAGAAAAGGGUAGCAAAUUUUGACUGACUCUUAGGAUUUUUUUUUUUCAUUGUUUUCCAAAAUGUUAUUCACAAACAUUUUAUUUCUUUCCCAAUGG